UGUAAUGUUUCUCGAAUUAUACGCAGAACUGCAAGCCAAAUAUUUUGCUGGAAUGCCACCAGGAAUGGACCGCACAAAGUUGCGCACUGUCAUUGCCACAUCGCAAUCUAUGCAGAUAAACGCUUUACCGAAGCCAUUCAGAAACAGUCGCCUCCAGGCAGGGGCCAGCGCCGGCCGACCGUCGCUCCCAUGCCGACCUCAUCAUCCCUGCAAGCGCUACAAAACAGAGCCAACGGCAAGAAAACCACCCUGCUGCCCAUGUAUUCCCGAUAACAAGGCCCCGAUUACUCAGGACUCGGACGCGUCUCCUCCAUCCGCCUCCUCCUCCUCCUCCUCCGCAAGCGAUGAUGCAGCAUACCAGGCGUUGGUUCUGGAGCUAUCGGCCCUCUCCCCUCAGCAGAUCCGGGAAGCCGCCAACAGCCGUCCCGAGCAGCUGCUGGACUCCCGCUUCCUGUUUUGGCUCCGAGACCAGGAGCGCAGGGCUGCCCUGGGCGGAGCCGCGCUUGGACCCGUGGGUCGCCUGCCGGCUGCCGAGCGACGGGAGGUUUUGGAGCGACUGGGCCGGGAGCUGACAAUGAUGCGGGAGUGGAAGG